CUAAAGAGUAACAUAAAUCAAAUAUGUAAUGAUUGGUUGUGGCUUUUCUCACAAGCAAAAGGCUGAGCAAGUCGAACGACUUAUUCGCCUAUGCCCCCGCCUCUAUCAUUCAGUUUCAGCUCAAUUAGUAAAUAUAUUAUUAUCUUCUUUAAUCUUAUUUUAUAGUUACAAUUCUAUUUUUUAAUUAUACGAAAUAAUAUAUUCAGAUCUCUCUCUUUUUUUUCUUCUUAAUUUUCUGUCCCUAGGAGCGGCAAUAAAUACGCUAGUAUUAUUCCAUCCAUUGGUCAGACAUAACUUAAGUUUCCGGUGAACCUUAAACCUCAAAAACCCUUUCUCUCAUUUCGUGAUGGCUGAAACGCCGGCAUCUCCUAUCAACGGAUCUGUUUCUGCUCCGCUUCUCCUGUCCGAUUCGGCGGCCAAAGACGUGAUGAUCACUUGGUUUCGCGGCGAGUUUGCGGCGGCUAACGCCAUAAUCGACGAGCUAUGCGGCCACUUAAUGCAGGUGAGCGAAUCAGCGGGGGAGGAAUACGAGGGCGUGAUGGCGGCGAUUCAUAGGCGGAGGAUGAACUGGAUCCCAUUGCUCCAGAUGCAGAAAUACCAUCCUAUCUCUCAAGUUACGCACCAGCUGCAAACCGCGACGGCGGCCAAGAUCAACAACAACAACAACAACAACAACAAACUCAUCAUGAUCGAUCCUGUAGAUUCAAUGCUCGACGAUGAUUCUCCUACUAGCGAUAUCACUGAUUCCGGAUCUCGAGAAGAAGAGCGUGUGGAGGAGGAAGCCAUGACAAUAUGUUGCAAGCACGAAGAAGAAGAAUGUGAAUCUCGAGCUUCUUCACUCAUCAAGCAGUCCAAGCGUUUCUCGGCCAAGGAACAUGUUCGAGGACAUACGACAAAUGUCGUCAAAGGCCUAAAACUGUACGAACAUGUGUUCACUGGAACUCAACUCUCCAAGCUUUCGGAUUAUGUGAAUAGACUCCGGGAGGCUGGUCGGAAUCAGGAACUUCCAGGGGAGACGUUUGUUCUGUUCAACAAGAACACGAAAGGGACCAAAAGAGAGCUUAUUCAGCUUGGAGUUCCAAUUUUUGGGAACACCACAGAUGAACACUCAGUGGCACCUAUCCCAACCAUUCUUGAAAGUGUGAUUGAUCAUCUUCUUCAGUGGCGUUUGAUUCCUGAAUACAAACGACCCAAUGGCUGUGUGAUCAACUUCUUUGAUGAGGAGGAACACUCCCAACCAUUCCAGAAACCACCUCACGUGGAUCAACCCAUAUCCACUCUGGUCUUGUCUGAAUCAAACAUGGUUUUUGGACACCGAUUUGGGGUCGAUACUGAUGGCACCUUCAGGGGCUCACUCACUCUCCCACUAAAGGAAGGGUCGUUGCUGGUGAUGAGAGGUAACAGCGCUAAUAUGGCUAGGCAUGUAAUGUGUCCAUCGCUAAACAAAAGAGUCGCAAUCACUUUCUUUAAACUCAAACCAGACUCCAGUUGUAAGGCCCAACCGCCACUAACCAUGAACCAUGUCACCCUGUGGCGGCAAGGCACUCCAGCUCCCCCGGUUUUAAACCCAUUCAGCAUGGUCAGAGCUCCGUUGGUGAUGCUAGCUCCGGCUCCCAAGAGGCUAGACGCUGGCACUGGAGUUUUCUUGCCGUGGACACCUCCGCCAGUGUCAAGAAAACCAACAAAGCAUCUCCCACCGCGCGUCCAGAGGUUGCGUCUCCUAUCAUCAGCUGCAAAGUCGGUGGCUGAUCGUGAAGCCUCGUCAUCACCGGAGAUCGGAGUGAUCUGAGUCGGAAAGUGUCACACACGUUAUCUACGAAGUCAGCAGAGUUUUUUUUCUUUCUUUUGGGAUUUCCUUGAUAUCGUAUACUUCAAGUUUGGUGUUUUUUUCUUGUUCAUUCCUAACCUUUUCUUUCGUUUACCUAAUUUUACUACAUUAUUAUGCUACAUCAGCUGUUAUGAUUCACAGGGAACAAGCGAACUAUUUGAAUUAAAAUAUGCCCCCCACUUGCCACAAGUUUCAAAGAUCUUCAGUUUCAAUCAAGUAAACAAGAAACUUGCCCAAAUUUGCGUAUACAAAAAUAUUCUCGCAACUGCUUUUACUUUACCAAAGGGAGCAUGAAGAAGAAACCAGACAUUCUGAUUUUUUUUUUCUGAAACAUAUAGCUUCCAUUGGCUCAAUUUCCCCAUCCCACACGCGUAGAAUCAAAGCAAAUCCCAUGUCCUACUCAUUGUCUUCAUAUACAGUACUACUAACACUAAAACAACAAGAAUCCCAUAGAGUAAAGAAAACCCCUUUCUUGUUCUUUAGUCUUCUUCUUGACAGAGAAUGCCUAGAAGAUAGGAUGAUGACAGCAGAAGCUCUCUACCGCCUCAGGGUAACGGCUAUUUAGAUUUGUGGUGAUAAGCGUGAGAGGAAAAAACUGAUCAAGAAGAGAUCAAGCCCUGAUAUCACAAUUCAUUUCAAGCAAAUAGAAGACUCGGAGGAUAACAGCAAACACAAGAACAAUUCCCCUGGAGCGUCAAGCCAAGAAUCGGAGAGAGAGAGAGAGACAGUGAUCAGAGUGGAUAAUGGUACUACUAGCGGCCCAAAAAAGAGGUUCAUUAACAAGGGGGAAGAAGAGCAUGCCGAGCCCUAAGCAACAAAUCACUCGGCCUGACGCCCCUUAUAAAUAAGAAAUCAGAUGCUUUUAUCGAGAACACACUCAAGAAGAUGCGAAAAAGUUUAGCCUAGAACCAAACACACGAACCCUCAUCCUAUCCGUACAAUAGAAGAUAGAGUGGGAUGCAAAUGCAAUGAGCCCACUUGUUUAUUUUCUUUAAAUUAACCAGCUGGGCUCUUGAUAAGAAAAAAUGUACUUAUAAUGGACUCGCAUAUUUGUAUUUCCCAGAAAAGAAACAAACAAAGCAUCUCAGAAGUCUAUGAAUAUUACAUAAGGGGGUUGCCAAUAUUUAGCAAUGUACACAUUCGUUUGCCUAAAAAAACCCACGUACAUACCUUGAAUAUUCAAUAAGCUAUACAUGGGAACAGAGAAGCUGAAUGGAGAAUCAUCAUUCAUUCUAAAGGAA